AUGAAUAAUACUCCAUUAACUGCCGAUGAAAUUAGCCUCUAUGACAGACAGAUACGAUUAUGGGGGAUGGAGGCCCAGGCAAAUCUAAGAAACUCUAAAAUCUUGGUCAUCAACAUGACUGGAGUGGGAGUAGAAAUUGUCAAAAAUUUAACACUAGGUGGAGUUGGAUCCAUUACAAUUUGUGACAAUAGUGAAUUGAAAGAACAGGAUUUGAACUCUAAUUUUUUUGUGACCAAGGAGGAAGUUGGCAAGAAUAAAGCGGAGGCAUCCUUAGAAAAGAUUCAGGCUAUGAAUCCAAGGGUUGUAGUUUCUGUUGAUACUAGAAACUGGGAAGACAUAGAGAAGAGUGAAAUAUCCAAGUAUCACAUUAUAGUAGCUACGGGGCUAAAUUCAGCACAGAAUAGUAGAUUAAACAACAUUUCAAGGGAACUAGCAAUUCCACUCAUUUCGUGCUGUACACAUGGACUAUAUGGAUUGAUUUUCAAUGAUUUGAUAAAGUGUACCAAUUGGAUAAAAUUGGAAAGAUCAGAAUCAAGGAAAGUCGGUCCAUUGAAUCCUGUGAGCAAGAUCCUAGAUAUUCAGGAUAUUGUGGAGAACGACAUCGAAAUGCAAAAGAUACUGGUUGAAAAUAAAUAUCGUAAAUGGGAUGAAUUGAGUGGGUCUUUCUUAAACGAGAAGUAUCCAAGUGAACGGAAGAAGAAAAAGAAAAUCAACAAUGUCUUAAUAAGUCUGCUAGGGUUACUUGAGCUGCCUGAGGUUUACCUCAAUUUAGACAUUGAAAGAAUUUCUAUAGACGGGAACACAUUGAAAGAUAAAAUUACACAAGUUUCAAACAGACUAAAAUUACCGGAGUGUAUACAAAUGGGGGAGGAGGAACUCGAUAUUUUCCGAAGACAUGCGUAUUGUGAGUACCAACCUACCAAUUCCAUCAUUGGAGGAGUUGUUUCACAAGAUAUCAUCAAUGCACUAGUUCAUAAAGAAUUGCCAAUCAAUAACAUUAGUAUCUUGGAUGGAUUCAAUAACGAGAUGCCAAUUUAUACUUUAUAG